AUGCUGCUGGUCGACGGAGAGAAGUACGCGUGUAUUCGCUGUAUCCGCGGACACCGGUCGUCUACAUGCAAGCACCGCCAGCGACCGCUGGUGCAGGUUCGCAGACGCGGGAGACCGGUUGCGGAGUGUAAUCACCGGCUGGCGGUGUUGCCUGACGGAACGUGCGAGUGUGGAGUGGCGGCUAUUAUUCUUCCUAAAGUGCGGUCAGGGAGUACUUUUGCGCCGGUGAUUGAGGAAGGAGAGGGUGGGAAACGGAAGAUUCAGGAUACAUCCGAAGACGCGCAUCAGCGAGUAGUGCUGAUUCGGCAAGGCAGCGGGUCAUGCUGCGGCGGCGCACAAACAACCUCGAGCGCAACAGAACAAUCAACAACAGGACGGCGGGAGUACGAGAACGAGAGGAGUGCGCUUGUGGGCACGACGGCUACGAAGCAGCGGGUGAUUUACGAUCCGUCGAGUGUGGAAAUUCAAGAGAUUGAGGCCCAGACUACGCCGAAAGGUGGCGUGAAGCUGAAGCGGUCUGGGUCUAGUUCGUCGUCGCUGUCGUCGGAUCGGUCGACGGCGGCGACGACGACGGUCAAGUCUGAGGAUGGAAAUGAGGUGUCGUCGUGCUGCGGAGAGAAGGCGGAGGCGUCGUGCUGCGGCGGGCAGCAGGCAGAUGGACAGAGACGGCCGAUAAAGCUGCGGUCGGUGGUUCUGAAGCCGGAUGUUGAUAGCGCAGCGAUUGUGCGGACGCUGGAUAUGGCGCAGCAGAGUCUGCCGGCGGUGCAGUCUGUUGAGUACUAUCCGCCACAGGUCGGGCUCGGAAGCCAGGCAGCAGCAGCUGGUACACAGUAUGGGCGGGAAACGAUGAAGGCGGGAGGAGAGUACGAGAACGAGGAUCUGUAUUCGAACGCGAGUCCGACGGUGGCAUAUGACGAGGCGCUGUAUUCGCUGGAAGCGUAUCUGCAGGCCUCAUCGCAGGAGCAGGCGCAACCGUACGCGAGUCAUAAUCUGCUGAUGCAGGAAGCAGCAGGGGUUGUUUCUCAGGCGCAGCAAGCGGCGGCGGCGGUGAGUAGUAGUGGUGGUGGUAGCGGUCUGCAGACGCUGAGCCAGCAGGAGAUUGAGAGUUUGACGCGGUAUAGUUCGCGGACGGGGGUCGUGAGUUAUCCUACGGGCCGGAUAGGGGGGUUUACGGGGGGAGAAGGGGUGCAGAUGGGGACGUAUGGUGAUGUGUAUGUGCCAGAGGGAGUGCAGUUGUCGACGUCGCAGAAGGAGUUGGCGGACCAUAUGACAUUACUGCAACAGCAGCCGCAGCAGCAGGUGGACGAGGACGGGCUGGAUAACUUGUUUUCAGUGUAUCUGACGUCGGCGUGUGCGGUGCCGGGAGGGACGUGUAUGUGCAGCGACGAGUGCAAUUGCCCGGGAUGCAUGAAGCACGGGAACGUGUUUGUGGGCGAGAACGAGGGGCGGGAGGAGGGGUUUGGGCUGGAGUGGGGCCGGUGA